AUGAACGAGCAGCCUGCCCCUCCUGCUAGCCGCGGCACCAGCACCACCCAGCGCCGUCGGAGGGAAGCCUGGCGCUUCAGACGCCGUCAAGCUGCUGCCCAAACUGCCGCCGCUCGCGACGCUCGCAUCGCCGAGUUGAUGGUACGGGCUAUCGAGCACCAGGUUAACCGAGAGGGUUUCCAACCCUCUGAUGCUCGUGACGCCCGUGUUGCUGCGCUCAUAUUCCAGGCAGUCCAAGCACAAAUGGAUCAUGAGUUUGGUGUACGCGAUGGCUCAGCUCGUGGGGGUCGAGCCCGGGCCCGGGGCCAGGGCCAAGGCCGAGCCCGUGGUGGUGCGCAGGGUGCCCGUUAUGAUCGCGGUUGUCGUGGUGGUGGCGGCGGUGGCCGUGACCGCAGGGGCAGUCACGGUGCUCUCCACAGCGUUGGAGCGGGUGGCGCCGGCCAGCAAAACCCUCCCGGCCACCAAGCCCCCAACCAGCAAGUCCCGAACCAACAAAUUGCAGGCCAGCAAGUGGCCCCUGAGCCUGCCACAGGUGGUGGACUCCAGUGGUGGACAAGGCCACAGGCUCGUCUGGAGGAAAUGGCAGACGCUGACGCCCCGUAA